GAAGCUGGGUGACCUGGGGAGGGUCUGGCGGGGUAUGGACCUUCUUGCAGUUGGUGUGUUCAUACGGAAGUCACUGUAACUAAAGCGACGCACGGACUCUCUCCAAAGCUCGAUUACUGCGCAGUAACCCUUGCAGCGUGCCUGUCCUGCCAGGCCGAAAAUUCGCGUCUUGGCGACGGAAGGAGCCGAAUCGACUUUGAAGCCGUGUCUGGCUCAAGGGCGACGACGGCACACCCACGGGCAGCGGCACCAAGUCCUGUCGCGCGAAUCUCUUGCUGCGUCCACGAGCAAUAAUCCCUCCGCCCCGGAAGCCGCUCGACAAUUUCCUCCCUCUUGCCCCCCUCGAAGGGGACGCCAACAUCUCCGCUUCCCAGGCCGUAGCCUCAUCUCCACCGACCCUCCGAUCCCUCGAUUCCCAACCCUUCUCAGCUCUGAACUCUCCCUCCCCCUUUACCCCGAAAAAAAUGGGCAUCAACGGCCUCAUCAACGCGGCCAUCCACCUGCAGAACGCCUCGCGGGCGCGCCUCGGCCUGACCUCGCUGCCGAACAACAAGUACAACCUGCGGCUGGCGCUGGCGCUGCAGCGCGCGGGGCUGAUCUCGUCGGUGACGCGGGGCGGGCCGCGGCCGCCGGCGCCCGAGGCGCUGCUGUCCGCGGCCGAGGAGGAGCCCGUGACGCACGCCAACGUGGCCACGCGCCGCCUCUGGAUCGGGCUCAAGUACUGGGACAACGAGCCGGUGCUGAAGGACGUGAAGCCCGUGUCCAAGCCGAGCCGGCUCGUGGGCGUCAGGCUGCACGAGCUGCAAGUGCUCGCUCGCGGCUUCCCCGUCGGCAUGCUCAAGCCGAUGAAGCUCGGGGAGCUGAUGUUUCUGAGCACGGACCGCGGCGUGUUGGAGCUGCAGGAGGCGCUGGCCAGGAGGGUUGGCGGGAUCGCGCUAUGUCGGGUUUCAUCAUGAGCGGGGCUUGGAUGGGGUUUGUUCUGAUUGAGCGGUGUUGUCGACGGAGCGGGCUGUACGAUCCGGGGCAGGCGGACAGGCAGGCAAAGAGGGGACGGGAAGACCGUGCUACGACAAACGCAGAAUGGUCACUGGGACCCCACGGAAAAAUCAGGCGCCUUCAUGUCCGGCAUGA